GUCACUGGGAAACAAGGACAACACUCUUCUGUUUUAUAGAUCACAACUGUCCAUGAAUUAAUAUAAAAAGGAUGGACACACAUGAUAUUAAAUGCUUCCAGCACUGUGAAAAAGGAUUAAACAUUUUAUGCUUUACUGUCCCAGUUAUCUGCCCUUUGUGUGGAGUUGAAGUUGCAAGUACUCCUUGUAGGAUACCUCCAUACAUCAUCUCUACACCAUUGGUCAAUGCUAAGGAAUAUCCGUGUUCAGUUAUCAUCAAGCCAACGGUGGGCACGUUUCUACAAAACUACAGUAACAAUUCGGACCUUCAUGUAGGCGUUACAGACUCAGACGGUUGCACUUAUGAUUUCAAUGAAGAAGGAGUAAACGUUGGCACGGUGUGGGACCAGUGCGUGGUGAUUAGAAUGAUCAAUGAAGAUUACAACUUACAAAGUCAAUGGGACUAUGUACUAAGACAAAUAAUACAAUCUCAAACAUGGAGCAGGUCUAGAUAUAAUGAAACCUCACAUAAUUGUUUUGAUUUUGUUUUAACCUUUCUGCACUCUUGUGACCUUCAAAGGACGAUUCCAGCAAUUCAAACCAAAAAGACAUUUUGUGAAGAACUAGUAAUCAAACACACCCACAAAGCUGCUGUUUAUAUUACUAUAUAUAGAAAAAUUCAGAAGAAUGGAUUUUACAUUCAAAAUGUGAAAUGACAAAUGAAUUCAGACACUAUAUUGUUUAUAUAUUUUUUUUAUAUUUGCUGGUGGUUCUAAUAUAACGGUUAAUUCAUCUAUAUAAAAAAAAUAUGGUUGAAAUUUACCACUUUUACAAAAUGAUCUUGAAACAAAACAAUUUGUUUUAUUAGCAUUUUAAUUUAAAGAAUGAAAAACGAAGCAGUGGACCAUAUUUAUAUUUUAGUCAGCAUUGUAUUAUGGUUGUGGUGUAUUUAUUCUAGUCAAAAUGUGACUGCCUUUUACUUUUAUACAUAAAUAUAGCAUUGUAGCUGAUAGUUACAGUUGUGUAUUAUGAAUCUUUUAUUUUUAU